CAGUGGCUGGCGGUGAUGAGUAGGGCGGAGUUUUCGCCUGGGGGCGGAGUCAGCGCCGUGAGUGGCGGGUUAGCGGGAAAGCGGUAAAUACGGAUCCCGGCUCCGGUUCCAGGGCCCGGCGGGAGCAGGAUGGUGGCCGCCGGGGGCAUAGGCUGGUUCGCGGCUGUGUCCCUUUUACUCUACCUGGUGGAGCGGGCGGCGGAGUGCGCUGCGGUUGUACACUACUUCAUCACCGCGCAGUACUUUUGGGCAGGAUGGACUCUUGGUUUGCUGCUCCCCGGCUGCCUUGUCCAAGUGAUCAGUUUUGCCUGGCUCCGUGCUGAUGGGUACAAACAGUGUUUCACCCUGAGUCUAACUCACAUCUUUCAGCUUGGGAUCCUGAAACGACAUGUGGAUUCUCUCCGUCUUGUUCUGUGCAGAAAAAGGACCGCCCAUGAGGAGCAGGAGCUGGUGAUGAAGCAAGGAGACCUGUCACUUUUGCGGCUAUUAGAAGUCCUACUUCAAGCACUGCCGCAGCUACUGCUCCAGACAUAUAUAUACAUGACCUUUAAAUAUGCUGAUGUCUAUGCAGGUGCUCACUGGCUGGUGAUGUCUUUCUGGCUGGUGGCUCAGCAGACUGAUGUUAUCUCCACGCCGUGUUACUGGAGACUGUUCAAUAUCCUCCUUGGCGCGGUCUACGUCUUCUGCUUUAUUAAUGUCAGGGAUGGGCCCUCCCGGUAUCGCGUUGCCAUCUUUUAUGUGAUCAUGUUGUUAGAAAAUUGCAUCCUGCUGCUGUUAGCCACAGACUUCCUGCAGGGGGCGGUGUGGAGCAACGUGAAGCUGUCUGUGGCCGUCAUGUCGGGAUUUCUCAUCGGCUGUGCCGCCUUGAUUAUAUAUUACACCCUCCUGCACCCCAAAUCGACAGAAAUCUCUCAGAGCUUCAAAAAAACUGGAUCUGGCGGUCAUGUUAGGGAAGAAGAGUCUGCUUACUCCUUCAAGUGGUGGAAUAGAUCUCGGAAAGAGGUGUCAAACGACGCGUUUCAAGGAGAAAACUGUAAUCCAAAGACUGCAGACCAGGAUACGGUCAACCAGGAAGAUCUUCCUUGGAGGGAGGUUGCCGAAAAACACCAUCGCCUGUUGCUUCUGAAGUUAGCCAUGAAAACCGGAAACCUUUCGAAAAUCAAUGCUGCCUUUGGUGACGGUGGAAUUGGAGACCUCUUCUGCCUUCAAGAUGGAGGAGAUGCCCAGCACCCUAUAGUCCUGAAUAAUAGUCUAUCCGAAGGCCAUGGGAAAGGGGGCUUCUUAAUGUCUGAAUCAUGGUCACUGGGCAGGACACCAGUGGAUACUGGACAAGGACGCAUGUAUGGUACACAAGAGUUCUCCAAUUACGAGAGCCUUCAAGAAGAAAAGGACUGUAUGGUUGAUGUGGCCCCUGGGAAGAUAUCGGAGGUGGCCGCUUCUUGCUCUCCAAGCAACCGGAUGAUUGGGAGUGGCACGCUGUACUUUAGUGCCCACACGGAUGGCGUGAUACCAUCUGGCAAUGGGACAGUAUGCAUUGUAGAGGUCCCCAAGAAACCCACAAUUGACAGCCCCAUAAAAGAACUGGACCCAGUCGAAAACCAGGAUCUCCCAGUGGUGUGGGUCAGCCCUAUUCAUGGACUGGCUACCAAUAGUAACUUCUGCAGGAGCGUUGACGAAGAUGUGGGAAGUCUAUGUGAAGAUUCUGAGCUUACUAACGAUGACUCCGGAAUAACAGAGCCUUCAGGGACAAGAGGUUACCAUUUAUUAUCUACUGGGGCUCUCCCUCCCUCCAUGAAGGGAAGACUCAUCCAAAAAGAGCAGCCUUGCUUCACCUCCACCCCGAAACCUCAAACCUCAGCAGUAGAUGUCGUACCACGAGAGGAGAUCAAAGCCAGGAGAAGGCUAGAACAUUUAAUUGCAAGAACGUAAGUGCAACGUCUGGAGGAAUUCUGGAUCACUUGACAGAAAAGAUGGGCACUGGGGCAUCUACUUCAAUGGUUCUUGAUGGUGGAUCUUAUUGCUAAGAGGGGCACCAGUACCAUGACAUUGUUGACUAGUUGUUAAUGUACAGUAAAGAUGGUACAUGACUUGGUGCCAGUCAAGUAUUUGAAAGCUCCCAAACUUCGUUACCUAUAAUGUAUAGUGCAGGUUCUUCUCCACCAACUAUACAACCAUCAAUGAGAACGUCCUGCGCGUAAGUUGUUAUAUCUUGGCGAUCAAUCACUACGGAAUGUAUACGUGCGUCACAAGGUCUGUUUGGAUAUAUAUAUGUGUGUGUGUAUGUUUAUCUCUCUCAUUGUCUGGAUUUUUGUAUGUGCUCAAAAUUAGAAAAACAGAACCACCUUUUUACAGUUUUAACAAUUUUUCUUUUUUCUUGCACGUGUUUUAGGCCAUUAACAGCCUCGUCAUAGCUGGUUUGCAAUUUAUGUUAGCAUUUGUUGUAGCCUAAAAUCAUCUGGGGAAGAAAAUGCUUAAAGAAAAGGGAUGCCUAUAAAAACACCAAAACAAAGCUAGUCCAGAUGGCAAAAAAAUGAUUCUGAAAGUUUAAAACUAAAAAAUAAGCCUCAAAAUACAGCGUGUGAAUAUGAUGUUAUUAACCUCUAUUAUUAACGGUCUAUGACGGGGGGGGGGGGUCACACUGGGUCGGUCCGGGCGGCUAAUGAAAGCUGGGACCCUGGGCUAAUAGCGUGCGGCACCGAUUGUUGUGUUGUGCGCUAUUAACCCUUUAGACUCAUCUAAAGUACCAAAAAAUACACUCCCGACAGCUCGGUCAGGCUGACAGGGACCAUGGAGGUGAAAUCGUGAUGUCCCGAUCAGCUAGAAUGCGAGCGGAGGGUCCGAGCGGCGAUUGAUUGCGCCAAGCCUGAAAUCCAGGCUUGAGCAAUCAACCGCCGAUAACACUGAUCAUUGCCAUGUUAAUGCAUGGCAGUGAUCUGUGUAGAAGAUCAGUGUAUGCAGUUUAAUAGCCACUAGGGGGGAGCUAUAACAUUUCAAAUAAAAGUGUGAAAAAAAGUUAAUAAAGAUAAUUUUAACCCCUUCCCUAAGAAAAGUAAGAAUCUCCCCCCUUUUGCCAUUUAAAAAAAAAAAAAACGUGUAAAUAAACAUGUGGUAUCGCCGCGUGUGGAAAUGACCGAAGUAUAAAAAUAUAUCCUUAAUUAAACCGCACGGUCAAUGGCGUAUGCGCAAAAAGUCCAAAAUAGUGUAUUUUUGGUCACUUUUUAUAUCAUGGAAAAAUUUAGAAAAAGCUAUCAUAAAGUCCAAUCAAUACAAAUGGUACCACUGAAAACUUCAGAUCACGGCACAAAAAAUGAGCCCUCAUACCACCCCAUAGCGGAAAAAUAAGUGUUAGGGGUCAGAAGAUGACAAUUUUAAACGUAUUCAUUUUCCUGCAUGUAGUUAUGAUUUUUUACGACAAAAUCAAACCGAUAUAAGUAAGGUAUCAUUUUAACCGUAUGGACCUACAGAAUAAAGAGGUGUAAUUCUUACCAAAAAAUUUACUGUGUAGAAACAGAAGCCCCCAAAAGUUACAAAAUGGCGUUUUUUCUUCUAUUAUGUUGCACAAAGAAUUUUUCUUUCCGUUUCGCCGUAGAUUUUUUGGUAAAAUGACUGACGUCAUUACAAAGUAGAAUUGGUGGCCCUUUAUGGAUAAGACGUGCACUUCAAAAAGGAACACUUAUGGUGUUAAACUGGGUACUCUGAGUGCGUUUACUGCACAGUCACCUAAGUUUAUGCAGAGUCCUAUUGGCAAUGGCGUUCUUCAGUCAGAAGCACAAAUACCCGUCUUAAAAAUGCUACUAAAAAGAGCAUGUCUGUUAUUGUUGGCUCUCGAAAACCGUAGCCUGGUACGAGCAGUAUAUUGUAAUUUGGACUCUGGUUUGGGGGUUUAUUCAGUAUCUUGUUAUAGCACCCCCUAGUGAUGAAACUCUGUCAUGGCAUCUUAUUAUACUCUGUUCCAAAUGCUGAGCAGGGGAGUACCCCUUUAACUUGCGUAUGUGGGAACAAACUGUUCCGAACGCUGGAGCCGGCGCCGGGAGCUCGUG